AUGGCUACACGUCAUCAGAAAACACAAACAGAGACAAACAAAUGUCGCAUUAUUGGUACCACAUUGUCCAGUACUGUGGAGCUAUCAUUCCAAACGGGCGACAUCAUCUACGUGUAUGGUGACAUGGAUGAUGACGGCUUCUACAUGGGUGAAUUGGGAGGCCACAGGGGGCUUGUGCCUUCUAACUUCCUGCAGGAUGCACCCCAGGACUACGCCGAUGAUCACAGGUCAGGCUCGGUAGAGCAUCAGGGUACAAGCUCCUCGGAGCGGCAAUCGAGGCCUUAUUCCUUCACAACCCCCUAUGCUUUUAACUCUUUAUCAGUGUCGCGCCGUGAUACCUUAGACCCCCGUGAUCGAGCUCCUCCCCCGGGCCAGUCAGGGCGAGGUCCCGGCCCGGGUGCACAUGGCCCACCACCACCUCCGCGCCCAGAUCAGCGAGACCGCAGGAAAGUUCAGUUAAAGGGAACUUGUAACUUUGUAAUUCCCUUCCUCUCACCCCAACCGUCCCCAAGAGGAAUGCUGCCAGCCUAUGGUAGUGCCACAGAAAAGAGGGCGAAGAAAGAAAGAAAGCCACAGCAAGCCAGAGCCCCUCUGCCUCUUCAUCCUCAUGCUAUCGCUGCGCUGUAG